CCUCGGCCCCGCCUCCAGCCGCCAUUUCAAGUGUGGCUGGAUAAGCAGCGAGCGAGUAAGAAACCCGAGGAGGAAGAAGUUGACAGUGGAAGGGAAGAAAUGCUUCGAAAGGAGUUCAACAAGGGCAUCGGAAAGCCAGAGAAGAGCCUAAAGUAGCAGAAGUGGUAGCCACACUGAGCAUGGCAACCAAACGGCGGCUUAGUGGAGGGGGCGGAGCCACUUCUGGCGGCGAGGGCACGUUGCCGUCUCCGCUGUCGCAUUCAUUGGCUUAUUUGAGAAGGAAUCAGAAAGGCAAUAGGGAGAAGAGGGAUGGGGAUCAAAUCUAUCAGAGAGGAACUAAAUCUGAUGGAAAAGAAGUUCAUUUAAUGAGCUCCAGGGAACACUCAGCCUGCUGCCAUACUAACUCAUGAAUUACAAUGGAUUGUUGGAUAGCCCAUGAUUUAUCUAGAAUAUAAUCUUUCCAUAUCUGGAUCCUUCAAACUAGACCAAAGGGAAAAUCUGGGCUGCAAGCCUCAAUUAGAAAUGUGGUAUGCUGCUAUGCUGACAACUGGUGCUCCCUGACCUGUAUCUUCUGAGACCAGAACCCAGUGUGGUGGAUGACCAAUUCAUGAGUUGAACAAAAGAAGACCUCCUACAGGGCAGUGUAUCUGUUCGUUACAGGUAAAAUGGACAUGUUACAAGCGCCAGGCUGAGCCAUCCAGUGUCCAGUGCGUGCUAGACCUUGAGAGGAGGUGAAGCUAGGGAGAAGCUCUCCCAGUUUCACACUCUAUUCUCGGAUCGCUUGGCGCACAACCGGUUCUACAUGGGCAAUUUACUUUGUAAAUUUCGUACCUGGCUCCGCCGCCACUGGCCCCGCCGGCCCCAGUGCCCACCCCGCCGUGGGGCCCCAGUGGGCUGUCACCCGCUGGUUUUGCCCUCUUGGGAGGCUGCCACAUCUGACUGGGACCACCCCGCUGCUCCAGCGCCUGCCUUCUGCCCUGGUCGUAGGCUUUCCCACCGGGAUCGAGUGCCUUUAUCGCCUGGCUUUUACAUCGCGCCAGAAAGGCAGUAUCCCAUCCAGCAGGCCAGGAACUCCCGGCUGGGGAUGCUUCCCUUGGUGAACUGGAGGGACUCGCCAAAGAAGCCCGUGCUGUCUGCUCAUAAUUCCAUUAUGUUCGGCCACUCGAGAGCCAUCAAGAUUCCUCCACUGGGGCACAAAUUUACCCUCCUGCGUUCACCACCUGAGCAGGUAGUCAAGGUUAGGAAGCCGGUACCAUCCAGUCACCUCCCACUUCCUUCCCCAAAGGAGAGGGAGGUGAAGGUCCAAGAAGAGCCCCAAAGAGGCAUGGCAAAGAUGGAGGAUCACACAGAGACCAAAGGAGAGGACGAUCGGAAGAGGGGUCACCGUAGCAAUCGGGAUAUACCAUUGACAUCUAGGCCCCAGGAGACCAGUGGAGUCCUCACUUCCCUCAAGUGCGAUCCUGAGCCAGUGGACCUCCUUCCCGAGCACCCAGAAGACAACUUGAGUGAGAACGCCCAGAUGUCUCCAAUGAGCUCCUCCUCAGAAAGCCAUGUCAUCUGCUCAGAUGGAGAUCCUGGAGAUGUCCUGCCUCCUUGGAAGCCUGAGUCCCAUGCCAUGGUGUUCUCUGCCCUAACCGCAUGCUGCUCCCUGCUGCUGGAGAGGCCAAAAAAAGAAGUGCUGGGUGAAGACCACUGGCCCGAAUCACCAGGCUCACUGAUGUCUGGAAAGGAGCUGCAGCGUGAAAAAUCUUCAGACAUCCCAUCAAGAAGCUCCUCUUCCCUGGUAUCUACCAGGAGUAGGCCCUGCAAGUGGAAGAUUCCCCUGCCGCUUUUUCUGCCGCUGCCGGGACUGAGGUCACCCCUGCCGCUGACAAGGGAUCGAGAACCUGUCUUGCCAAGCCAUGGCUGGAAGAAGCUCUGGAUACAAAUCAGGGGCAGAAGGUCCUCAGGAGCGGCGCCCAAUCCACCCCGCGGAGGCGGUUGGCGUUGAAGUCCAGCAGGCCCUCCCGCAGGGAGGCGCGCACGGCGGGCAGAGGCACCGAGUCCUGUAGUGCGCACAGGUCCUCACAGCGCCAGAAGUUGGCCACGCUGUCGCGGCGCAGCUUCACCGAGUGAUCAUGGCCCGAGCGCGGCCUCGGGGACACUGGCUGCAGAUAGGAUGCCCACACCCGCCUGGGGGCCACGGCUCGCCUCCCGGCCCCUUGGGCGCCCAUCGCCCGGCGGCUGCGGCCCCACAGCCUGCGCAGGACCAGCGUUGCAGCCAGAAGACGCAGGGCCACGGGCCCCGGCUAGGCCGGCCCCUCGAUGCCGCGCUCCCGCGCGGCCUCCCGCCCGCAACGCCGGCCGUUGGCGCCAACCUCAUUGGCCUCCGCGCCGCGGGCCAGUAUGUUGUUUUUUGUUUUUUGUGUUUUUGGUCACAAUUUUGUACAGCCAUCUCCAGAACACUUCACUGUGCAAAACUGAAACUCUGUACCCAUUAAACAACUAUA